AUCCACCUUCUCCUAAACAUAUCUAACAACUGAUAAUGAUAAGUGUGGUCAGUUAGUGACACAAAAAUUGUUGGAGGCAUAUAGUACUAUAAGCUACACUGCAUUUUGUUGUGACUUUGAAGCUAAAUUCUUCUUGCUGCAAAUUUUAAGAAACUAAUUAAUGGCAACUAUUGUGGGAGAAGCACUCCUUGCAGCUUCUUUCGAGGUGUUGCUGGAAAAGAUUGUUUCUGGUGAGUUCGGUGAGUUAUUUCGGAGUACCAAACUUGACGUUGCGCUGUUGGAGAAGCUGAACAUAACAUUGGUGAGUCUUCAAGCUGUACUUCAUGAUGAUGAGGAGAAGCAGAUUACUAAUCCUGCUGUCAAGCAAUGGCUGGAUAUGCUGCGCGAUGCUGUUUUUGAAGCUGGCGAUUUGUUUGAUGAAAUCAACACGGAGGCUUUGAGGUGCAAAGUGGAAGCCGAGUAUGAAACCCGAACUGCUACUGCUCAGGUGCUGAAAAAACUUUCUUCUCGUUUCAAAAGGUUUAAUAGAAAGGUCAAUUCUAAACUGCAAAAAUUAUUUGAAAGAUUAGAACAUUUGAGAAACCAGAAUCUUAAAUUAAAAGAAUGUGCUUCCAGUAGUGUUUGGCAUGGAACUCCUACAAGUUCUGUAAUGGUAGAUGAAUCUGCUAUUUAUGGCCGAGAUAAUGAUAAAAAGAAACUCAAAGAGUUUUUGCUGUUAGAAGAUGGUAGUGACGGUGGAAGUAAAAUCGGAGUGAUUUCCAUUGUCAGCAUGGGAGGGUUAGGAAAAACAACACUAGCUAAACUCCUCUACAACGACCGUGAAGUGAAGGAGAAAUUUGAUUUGAAAGGAUGGGCACAUAUCUCAAAAGAUUUUGAUGUUGUCACUGUCACUAAAACCAUUCUUGAAUCUUUUACUUCAAAAAGAAAUGACACUGAUGACCUGAAUAUUCUACAAGUGCAAUUGCUGCAUUGUUUAAGCAAUACAAAGUUUUUGCUUGUAUUGGAUGAUAUGUGGUAUGGAAAAUAUGUUGAUUGUUGGAAAAAUUUGACCGACAUCUUUAAUGUUGGGGAAAUCGGAAGUAAGAUCAUCAUCACAACAAGAGAUGAAAGAGUUGCAACAACCAUGCAAACCUUUCUUCCGAUCCACAAACUGGAACCUCUGCAGAGCGAUCAUUGUUGGUCUUUGCUUGCCAAACAUGCAUUUCAAGCAAGUUAUAGCUACGAACAACGAGCCAACCUUGAAGUAAUUGGCAAAGAAAUUGCCAAAAAAUGUCAUGGCUUACCGUUAGCUGCAGUUGCACUUGGGGGUCUUCUUCGAAUCAAAUCAUCACCAAAUGACUGGAAUGAUGUAUUAAAAAGUAGUAUUUGGGAAUUGGCAAAAGAUGUGCAACCUGCACUGCUAUUGAGCUAUCGUUAUCUUCCGUCUGCUUUAAAAGGAUGCUUUGCUUAUUGUUCAAUUUUUCCGAAGAACUCAAUCUUAGAGAAAAAAAUGGUAGUUCAGUUGUGGAUUGCAGAAGGCUUAGUACCUCAACCCAAAAGUGAGAAAAGUUGGGAAAAAGUAGCUGAAGAUUACUUUGAUGAACUAGUGUCGAGGUCUCUCAUACGUCAACGGUCCAUUGAUGAUGAGAAAAUAUGCUUUGAAAUGCAUGACCUCAUCAAUGAUUUGGCUACAAAUGUUUCAUCUCCAUGCUGUGUUAGACUCGACGAACAAAAGCCACAUGAAAGGGUACGUCAUUUGUCAUUCAAUAGAGGGCCAUAUGACUCAUAUGAUAAAUUUGAUAAAUUGCUUGGAUUAAAAGGUCUAAGAAGCUUUCUACCCUAUACAUCAGAAGAAUUAGGGUCAUCCUAUUCCGUAUCGGAGAAGUUAGUUUUUGACUUGCUUCCAACAUUGAUACAGUUACACGUGUUGUCUCUAUCACAGUACUCAAAUAUUACUAAGUUACCCAACUGUAUUGGAAAUUUGAUAUACCUGCGAUACUUAAAUCUCUCGCACACUAAGAUUGCAGUGUUGCCUUCUGAAACAUGCAAGCUUCACAAUCUUCAGACCUUAUUGUUGUCAUAUUGCGAUAGGCUCAUUGAAUUGCCGAAGGACAUGGGAAAAUUAGUUAAUCUGCGCCACCUUGAUAUCAGAGGCACUCAAUUGAAGGAAAUGCCUGCACAAAUAUCGAUACUAGAAAAUCUCCAAACCUUGUCGGACUUUAUUGUCAGUAUGCAGGAUGUUGGAUUGAAGAUUGCAGACUUGGGAAAAUAUCCCCAUCUACGGGGAAGCCUUUCCAUCUCACAACUUCAAAAUGUAACUGAUACAUCCCAUGUUUUUGAGGCAAAGUUGGAGAUGAAAAAACAAAUUCACAAGUUGGUACUGCAAUGGUCUGACACUACUCCUUCAAAUUCAGAAAUACAAAGUGUUGUAUUUGAACGGUUGCGUCCCUCGACAAAUUUGAAGAGUCUCACCAUCAAUGGCUAUGGUGGAAAUAACUUUCCAGAUUGGCUAGGUGCUUCUUCAUUUAGCAACAUGGUGUGUUUGAGGAUCUCCCAUUGUAAAAACUGUUCCGAGCUGCCACCCCUCGGGCAAUUAGCUAAUCUGAAAGAACUCUUUAUUGGUGAGAUGAAAUCAGUAAAGAGUGUUGGUGCUCAGUUCUAUGGAAUUUGUUCUCCUUCGUUUCAAUCGUUUCCCAUUUUGGAGACUCUAGAGUUUUAUGCAAUGCCAGAGUGGGAAGAAUGGAAGUUUGCCGAUGGCACAACUGCAGAGUUUCCUUGUUUAACACGUUUGUCACUGCUACGUUGUCCGAAACUCCAAGGAAAUAUACCCUUUGGACAAUUAGGUAAGCUAAAAGAACUUCGUAUUGAAUUGAUGGAAUCAUUGAAGACACUUGGUACUGAGUUCUAUGGAAGUGGUAGUUCUCAUAUGUUUCAAUCAUUUCCGUCCCUGGAGACUUUGCAGUUUGUGAAUAUGCCACAGUGGGAGGAAUGGGAGCUGAUUGGUGAUACAUCUAUAGAGUUUCCUCGCCUUACACGUUUGACACUGCAUAAUUGCCCGAAACUCAAAGGAAACAUACCAGGAAACCUUCCUAGUCUUACAAGUCUAUCAGUGAAAUGUUGUCCCAAACUCAAAGGGAUGACACCCAACAACCUUCCUUCCCUUAGUGAACUUGAGUUAGAGAAGUGUCCUCUAUUGAUGGAGUCGAGGCAUUCCGACGACAUUAGCUACGAUAUAAUUAUAAGGCCGUCAUUAGAUGUAUCCAGCCAAUUGAUGAUCGGUCUCAAUUCUCUUCGAAAGAUGAAAUUAAGCAACAUUCCAUCACUAACUUCCUUCCCAAGAGACGGUCUGCCUAAAACCUUACAAUCUCUCACUAUUUAUGACUGUAGGAAGCUGGAGUUUCUUCCACAUGAAUCCUUGAAAAAUUAUACAUCACUCGAUACUUUGAAAAUAUCCAAAAGUUGUCAUUCAAUGACAUCAAUUAACUUGUGCUCUCUCCCUGUCCUCAAAAGUCUAUAUAUUUGCGGCUGUAAAAAUCUAAAAGCGGUAUUAAUUGCAGAAGAUGUGUCGCAGCAGAAUUUAUUGUUCCUUAGAACCAUCAAAGUAGAGAAUUGCCAUGAACUGGAAUCAGUUUCAUUGGGUGGAUUGCGCAUUCCUAACCUCAUUCAUUUAAUUGUGAGUGGGUGUAAGAAGCUUCGUUUGCUACCAAAAUCAAUGAACACUCUAGCUAGCCUUCAAAAAAUGGAAAUUCAUGACCUUCCAAAUCUGCAAUCGCUUUCCAUGGAUGAUUUUCCUAUUAGUUUACGGGAACUGAGUGUUGGCAAUGUUGGAGGGAUUUUGUGGAAUACAACUUGGGAACGUCUCACUUCUCUUUCAGUGUUGCUAAUUGCGGGUGAUGAUAUUGUGAAGGCGCUAAUAAAAACGGAAGUUCCAUUGCUACCUGCUUUUCUCGUUUCCUUAGUCAUUUAUGGUGUCGAAGAUAUAAAAUGCUUGGAAGGGAAGUGGCUUCAACAUCUAACCUCUCUCCAACACUUUACGAUUUUGGAAGCUCCCAAGCUCGAGUCAUUGCCAAAAGCGGGGAAGUUGCCUUCCUCUCUUGAAGUACUGCGUGUCAAACGUUGCCCAUUGUUGGAAGCAAGUUUAAGGAGGAAGCGUGGGAAAGAGUGGCGUAAGGUUGCUCACAUUCCCUCAAUAUUAAUUGACUUAGAAAUGAUCACAUGAGUGCCACAUCCAACUGUCAUGGAUCGCUGAAAAGGAUCGACAGAUCACAUUCUCAGUAAAUCGGAUCUUUGGUCUAUCAGUCUUUGAAGAUUGAUUUGUAUGUCAUCAUUGUCCCUCCCUACCAUGCAGUUGGAUGUGGCGUGUAGUAGCAAAGAUCAUCUAACUGCCAUUUUUUCAUGUCGGUAUUCAGUUAUGUUAAAUGUAAUUCAAUUUCUGGAAGAGGUUACUAAUUCAACAAGUUAGGCCUUGAUCAUAUAUGUUUCCUGUACACUUUCAAGAAUCCCUAGUUUACGUUAAAACAGAUUUAUUAUUUGAACAUCAAAAUACAUACACCGUAUGUGUUUAUAUUGUCUAUAUAUUUCAAAUAUACACACAAAAACCAAAAGACACCAUAUUCGACAUUAAAGUUUUGAUGUCCAAAAGUCGUUUUAGAUGGUAAGCUUCUACUAGAGAUGAGUUGCAUUGUCUGUCCUAGUGGAUAUUUAUGUGUAGGAAUUACAGCUGCUACUACAUGGUGUAAUGGCGUAUAGAACCGAACAGGAAUCCCCUGCAAUCGUUGCACCAUACAACGGCUUUAGAAGAUCUUUAAUCCCUUCUAAGUCAUAACCACAUAUAAUUGCCCAUUUGCAUGGUAGUAGUUGUGUAUUUAUGGUUAAAACUUGAUCAUUUGAGCUUUCAAAUGAAACCAAAGUUCAUAAUUAGAUACUUGUCAUCUAUCUAUGCUAUAUAUAUUAUGGUUGUUUGCUUC